UGGAAGAACUGUUGCUCUUUCUAGCUUCAUUUCGAAGCACAGAGACGCGGACCAAAGCGAUUCCUAAGCCCUAGGGAGGCUCAGAUUGAAGGGAAGGGAAGGGGUAGGAAAACAGGAAUUAAAAAAAAAUUUCAAUCUUGGGGAUUUCAACUAGGUAUUAUGGAUACGAAUGCGCAAGAAAGCCCCGACGCGAAGGCGGAAUUUCGGAAGCCGUCGACUGAUGCUUCUAAUAGGAAGUACAGGCGCAGAUCUUCUGUUGGUCGCUCAUCUUCUUCGUCAGAUGCUUCCUUACCUGUAUCCAGGAAGUCCCGGUCGUGACCGCAGUCGAAGUCCACUCUCCUCUAGGAAGGAUGAUUCCAAAAUUGGAGAUGAUAAACACAAAAAGGAUAGUAGCAGGAGUUCUGGUCGCAGUGGUGAAUCAUAUAGGCAUUCAGAUCGACAAUCAUCUAGGAGCCAUCAUAGGCAUGAUCAGGGUUAUUCUAAGUCAUCUUAUCGUUCUGGUCGGGAUUCUCGAGACUACUCUAAGGGGGACUUAGAGCAUCGAUCUAGAGAUUAUGCAAAUGAUGGAGAUGCGUACUAUCGGACCAAAUCUGAAGGUUCAGGCCAUAAAAGCAGAGAUAAGGACUCGUAUGAGAGAACUGGAUCUGGUAAGAAGAAUGCUAACAUUGAUGAUAGGGACAAGGGUAGAGAAAAGCAUAGGGACGAUAGAGGUGACCGAUAUGGAAAGACUGAUCAUAGAAAGAGUUCAGGGGAUCAUAAAAGGGAUCGGGGUGGACGAAACAAUUCUUCUCUAAGGGACACUUCUGGGAAUCAUUCGAAAGAAGCAUUUACGAGAGAUUCCAAGGAAUUGGAUUGUGAGGGGGGUGUGAAUGAUGAAAAGAAAACGUUCCGUAAUCAAGGCAUACAUGAUGAUCAAGAUAAUAGACAACUGAAAGAGCAUUCUGUGGCUUCAUCCAUCAAAGAUGAAGAUUUUGUUGCUAAGAAGUCAAAGUUUUCUAGCAUAGACAGCAUGGGUCCUGCUACUGAUGGUACCUCAGAGCAGGCCUUUGUCACAGAUUCUGAUAUUGAUGCUGCAAGAAUUGCUGCGAUGAAAGCUGCUGAAUUAGUUAACAAGAAUUUAGUUGGAACUGGGUACAUGUCUACUGAUCAAAAGAAGAAGCUUUUGUGGGGUAGCAAGAAGACCGCGGCUACAGAAGAGUCUGCUCAUCGCUGGGAUACAACAACGUUUGGUGACCGCGAACGGCAAGAAAAGUUCAACAAACUCAUGGGUGUGAAGGGUGACGCAAAGGUAGAGCUCAAGUCCGACAACCCUGAUGUGGAAAAGCAGCGGGAGCAACUGCAGAUGGAAUUGGAGAAGCAGUACACAGCUGGACUGCGCCGGAGAGAUGGUAGAACUGUUGGACUCGGUCUGUAAAACUUCAAUAUAGGUACUCUUGCAACGCUAUCUUAGUACAUUUUUCUGAAACUGUCUCGUAUUAUUGGAUGAACAUACUUGUUAAAGUGGCAUGUAAAAUCCUUCCUGUGUGGUUCUGUAGUUGUUGGCGUGACCUAUUGAGUUCCCUUGUUACUUGAUACCUUCUAAAAUUUGUGCUCGUAGCAUGCGUUGAAGAUGGUUAAAAUCUAUGUAGAGAAAUUUA